GGAAGAACGCGAUCAUAGUCGCGUUUAAGUUAGGUCACUGCGUCCUGGUGUGGAUCCGAGGGGCUCGGAUUUUGAAAGUGGAGUGGGGUGAUCAGUGGGACUGGUGACCUAAUGUCAGGCUGUUGCAACAGGGACAGAGGAGGAGUCUGAGAAGAGAUGGGAGAAAAUGGGCAAACUCGACAGCCCCGGGCGGGAUGAGGAGAGUAAGGGAUGAGGAGGACAGAAGGCCGGCCAUCCUGCCUCUUGCCACUAACAGUGGCCAAAGAAGCGCGGGGCCAAACCUGACAGGAGCUCGAGUUCUGUGGGGGAACCACUGCGGAUUCCGCGUAGGGCGCGGCGAGUCGGGACGGCCUGCAGGCCCGCGGACUGAGGCAGCCGGGUGAGGGCCCCGCGGGCGGCGCCUUCUUCCGGCUAACGCCCCCAGCGGAGGGUGCGCGCGGCGAUGCCGGGGCGGGGGGGCGUUCGGGGGGGGGCCGGGGUACGGGGGGGAGCGCGGUCUGAGGUCCCUGCAGUCGCCGCCGGCGCCCCUCCCCGAGGUGAGAAGUGCGCGCCUCCGCCUGACCGCGCGGGCGGAAGUGGGGGGCUCCCCGGGGCCGGCCCGGAACCCGGCUUUCUGAGGGAGCGGGGCCGCGUGCCGACCGAGACCCCUGGCCAGAGCGCGGGCCGCGCGAGGGCCCUCCUCUCCCGCGCUCCGGGAACAGGGUUGAGGAGGAAACCGGGCGACGGCGGCGCCCUCUCUCCCUCUGUGGCGUCAUUUCAGGUAUUCGGGGGUGAGGAAGAAAGAGACGACGUGUAUAACUUAGUGCUCCUUUUGGGACCUGGGGGACGACAGGUGUUCAUCUUUCCGCCUUCAAGUCCGCUUCCGUCGUCUGCACCUUCUCUCGCUCUCUGCCGUGUUUCCUCCCUUCGUUACAUCCCAUGGCUGGAGUUCGUCAUUUACCUUGUGGCGUUUAAACAACGCCAGAGAGAAGAAUUCCUUGCUAUCAAGUUCUCAUCAACAAGUCAAAUGGAAUUAGGAUAUCCUCGACCUACAUUCCUGAGGACAUAACAAUAAUUAUGGGAUAUGAAGUACAGCAUCUUAAAGUUAUAAACUAUUUUUUCAGGUCUUAUUAAUUUAUGUUGAACUAAAAUUAACUGUCAAGUAAGAACACUGAUACUUAAAGGUAAAUUGCUACUAUAAAAAAAUGUAACCUUUGCCAUGUAAUGGAAUAGAAUCCUAAAUUUUAUCAGUAAUAUUAAGAAUAUUUACUUAAUAGUAUUUCUUUUUACAAAGGUGCUUGGAGUAUAGUGGAUCUGUUUCAGAUAUCCUAAUGGGAAUUUUUUUUUUUUUUUUCAGAAAACAGCAAUUAUAAUUUGCUGCUUUCUGAAAAGAUUUUUUAAAAAGGGGGGGGUUCACAAGAAAGAAAUUUUGUCAGGGUUAGGUUUGGAAUAGGCUUAUUCUAGCAGCCUUUGUGGUACAUGUCCCCUGAGUCAUUGUGAGAUUGAAUUAUAUGCCAUGUGUCAAAAAUUAAACUGCCAACAAUUGACAACUAAA